CUCCGAGUAUUUCAGACAUGGAACAAACUCUGCCACAGUUUUGUUCUACAUCUUCAUUCCUUAUAUUGACCCUGUUGUGUAAUUAUCUCAUAUUUAACAGGCCGUUCAGCAGCCCAGCCGUGUUCAAGAUUCAGCGGGCAGUAUCUGAUGACCAGCUGGCAAGACCAGCCACAGCCUAUGAGAGGCCAACAGACAUGGACUAUAUAGAUAUCUACAGGGACCCUAUGAUGAACAACUUGGUCAAGCCCACUCCCUCGGCAUCCUCUCCCAGGAACUCAGACACCAUAGACAGCAAACCUAGGAAAACACCAGAGACAUACAAGUCUCCAUUUGAAAGAAAGAAAGAGAAAGAGAUUAAAAAACUGAACAAGAAAGUUGAGAAGACAUUUGAGGACCAGCUGGAGCAGCAGCACCACUUGAUAGAAUUCCAGGCCUCCAUCAAAGAGCAGCAGUUAGAACUGAUUGAGAAGGAGUUAAGCAAUAAACUGGAGGCCACCAGAACUCAGGUGACAAACCAGCAAUCUUACCUCAUCCAGCUGAAGCAAAGCCGUGCAGACCCAGAGCUACUGGCUCAGGAGAAACUGGUUGAAAGACAACUCAGGAAAAGAGAGGCAAAGUUAGACAGCAGACUGAAAAUAAUAAGGCAGCAGAAGUCAGAAAUCCAAGAGGCGUACAAGUCCCAGAAAGAGGCUCUUCACAAUUCUGCAAGGACAGAAAGCCCUCGCAGAGUCGGCAGCAGUUUGGAGGAAAAGUUUCAGCAGUAUGUGAAAAGAGAUGGCAAGCUCAACUCCAGACAAGUUUUGGAUAUGCUGUCUCAACAGGAUAAAGAUCAGGAAAAGCUGCAAUCAAAGAUUGAGAAGAGCCGUGUUCUUUCUUUGAGCAAGCAGCUAGAAAUUAAGGAGGUUUCCACAAGACAGAAACUGCAGGAAUUUAAAGAAAGACUAAAACAAGCCAAGCUGGGCAACUACAGCUUUGACAGUUCUGAUAGCAUAAGCUCUCCAGAGAAGACUGGCCAAAGUGUGGACACUAACUCACUUCUAGGGUCUGUGAAUGACCGGCCGACCACCAAUAUGUCUUCCUAUUCAGAUAGUCAAGAUACCUCCGUGUCUUACCAGGAAAGUAGAGAUUCCUCCACCCCAACGGUGCUGAAACCAAAGAUGAGGUACGCUUUUGGAGAGUUAUUGCCUCCAACUCCUGAAGUGCCAGAACAUGAAUCUCCACGGCAACGUGAAUUUAGUCCAAUCAGCAGUCAUCCAGCAGUACCAAAGAUUAAUAUUUUAGACCUUGAAAAUGAUGCAUCUAUGAGUGAACGUGUAAAUGACAGACAUAAGCCUAAUCAUAUGAGAGAUGGUUCAGUAUCCCCACGAGAUGUUCAGAAGACUCCGAGAGAUCCCAGGAAAAAUUUAUUUAUUUUAAACCCUGAGAGGUCACCAGAGAGACACAACAAAAGUGGAGGAAAGUCGACUGAUAAGUGGGAGUCUGCUUAUAGGUAUAAAUCUCCAGAAAGGAGUGUGAACUUUGAUAAUAUGUCAGGCAUACAAGGCAGGGCAAUGUCUCAGUUUUCUGACUUUGAUUCCACUGCAUCCUCAACUGAUCCACUAGCUCAGUACUCAGGCCAGUUCAUCACAUCCUCACCAUUCCAGAAAACUGCAUCCCAUCCAAGUAACAGUAGUGCCAAAUAUCAGAAUAAUCAUCACAAAUCUCCAUCAAAUGAUAAUACUUACACUCACCAGCAGAGAUCCAGGGAACAAGAUUCAGUAAUCACAAACACUUCCAAGGAGAGUAGCAGGUCUGGUAGAAGUCCAGAGAGGAAUGGUAAGAAAUACCGCACCCAGUAUUACAAAGCUCUCCGCAAGGCACAGAAGCAUGGCAAGAGGGCUAAUUUCAGUAAAUUUGAUUUAGACAGAUUAGACAUGGGUAGUAGUUCCUCUAAAAGAUCUCAGCCUGAGGACUAUGACAGAUCAUUUGAGAAAUACACCCCCAGCGAGUAUGUGCAGAAUACAAAUACUAGUUUUGAUGCCAGAAAGAUGGGACUGUCCUCUAAAAGUUUUGACUCAACUUUAGCGUCCAUGCUUGGAAAAGAGGCGUUGAAUGCGCAAUAUACUAGUGACAUCUAUAAUCAGUUUGCCAAUACAAACUCUCCCAGAGGGCAACACCAAUCUCGAUCACCAGAACGGAGAAGGGACAAGGUGAAUUCUCAAAGUAAAAGUCCGGCACGAUCUCGGGGUCGCUCAAGAAAUGAAUCUCCAGAUAGUAGAGACAGAAAAAGCGUAUCUCCCACCAAAAGCCGUGCUCAAAAUUCCAGAAGCAGUAAUUCCCCAAGCAGAUCUUCUGGAUGGAGAAGAAGCAAAGAUGCGUCGCCAAGUAGAAACAACAAUAACAAGACAGCCUCUGGUAAAGAAAGAGGCAGAAAGAAUGACAGAAAUAAAGAGAGAAGGGAGACGUCGCCCAGUAGAAACUCCUGGGGGCCAGAGGCUAAGCUAGAAUGGGAGUCCCGGCUGCCCACAGGAGCCCCAGCUGCCAGAGAGACUGCCAGGGAGACUGCUCUUUUGCAGUCUGGGGCUCCAGUGUGCAGUCUCCUUGAGCAGGCAGACUGCAAAGGGGGCUGCAAAAACUUAACACUUUUUGGAGGAGACUGCAAUGGGGGCUGUAAUAACUUAAUACUUUUUGCGGGGACUGCUAAGGGGACUGCAAUAACUUAA